AUGUUCUUAGUACCGGUGAUAAUCUUUCUAAUUCAUCUAUUGAUAUAUAAUUCGAAUGCUUCUCAAUGUUCAGACUUGAAUUUAACACCAUUAAAUACAAAUAAUGAUGAGAAUUAUUCAAUUGAAAUUGAAAAACUUACAUCAUCAAAGAUUAUUAAAGUAAAUUUAAUAAAAAAAGUAAGUCUUACUGAUACAUCAUGGUUUCUAAUGGGUGCAAGAGAUUCUUCACAAUUAAUUGGUACAUGGCAACCAUUUACACCGAUGGAUGGUCAAGUUAUAGAUUGUUCGACAGCAACAACAACAGGACAAGCAGUAACAAAUCAAAAUUCUAUUAUGGAAAAUUCAAAUCAAUUACAAUUUACAUUUUAUUGGAUGCCACCUCCGUCAUUUAAUAAUCGUCUUACAUUUGUUGCAACUAUUUAUUAUAAUAAUCCAACAAAUAAUCAAAUAACAGUACGAUAUACUCAAAGUAUAGAAAUUGAAAUUGAACAAACACAAGAACGAGACCGAUAUCACGAUGUUCCUGCAACUUUUUGCAAUUCAUCUCCAUGUCAGAAUGGCGGUACUUGUGUUGUUGAUCCUCAAUAUUCUUAUUGUCGUUGUGUUGCACCAUGGAAUGGUGUAUUUUGUAAUCUUGAAUAUUUUCAUUUGAUGCUUGCAAGUACUCUACCAUUUUCAUUGGAUUAUUAUUUGAAUACACUCAAUUCAGCAUCAUAUGCGAAUUUAUCAAAUUCAUUAAUUCCUUGGCUAAAUAAUGCAUUUAGUACACUUCCAGCAAAUAGAAUAUAUUCAAUCGAUUUUGUUGCUCCAAGUCCACUUGGUACAUAUAUAUCAGUUAGUAUGGCAUUAACACCAACUAGUGCAUCCUAUACACCUUUUAUUCAAUCAGCACUUGCAACAGCAAUAAUUCGAAAUAGUACAAUUUCAUAUGGUUAUCAAUUAUCAAUUAAUCCGCAAUAUGUAACAACUGCUGUAACACAAGAUGGAGCACCAUAUACAUCGUGUGUCUUUCCAUUUACACUUGCUUUAGUUGAUUAUAAUUUUUGUAUACCAUAUGCACCAAAUUUUAUAUGUUCAUUAUCUCGUGUUAUCGACAGAAAUGCAACUCUUAAUAGUCAAGAUUGUACAAGAAAUAUUUUUAAUUAUAUUCCCAAAGAUCCUUGUUUUCCAAAUAUAUGUAUUAAUGGUGGUACAUGUACAGUAGUUAAUGGUAUUGCGACAUGUAAUUGUCCAGCCUAUUUUACUGGUCCUCGAUGUAAUCAAUUAUAUGGAUGUAAUCCAAUUACAAAUGCUCAGGCUAUAACUUGUACAAAUAGUGCUACUUGUGUUAAUAAUGCUUGUGUUUGUGCUUCAAAUAAUACAGUUGGUACAUUAUGUGAAAUAGCGAGUAAUACUGGAUGUAAUUUUCCAUUUACAUAUAUGAAUGUGACAUAUACAUCAUGUGCUGUUAUUAAUAAUCAACCAGUAUGUGUUGGAAGAAAUUCUGGAACUAAUGGACAAUUUCCAAUAUCACUUGUUGGUUGUGGAGCUCCACAAUGUCAAAAUAAUCCAUGUGGUAGCCGUGGUACUUGUCAAGAUACUGUUAGUGGUUCAUUUCAUUGUAUAAAUUGUGUUUCUGGAUACUCUGGUUAUUUCUGUGAAUUACAAUUUAAAACGGUUCAGCUGUCAUUAAAUGUAACCUAUACACCUGAUCUUCAAAAUGCUAGUAGUAAUGCAUCGAAACAAUUACAAGCAUUAGUUAAUCAAACAUUAACUACAGCAUUUGUAAAUGUACCCGGUGGUGUUAGACCAGAUAUUGUUUCAUUUAUUCCAAAUCCAGAUGGAACAACAAGCGCUGUUAUUAAUGUAAACACAAAUUAUUUAAAUUUCCUUAAUAAUUCAACACAAAAUGCAUUAAAUAAUAUUGGUGCAGUAACAACUGUUCUAGUGAAUACAACUCGAGAUUGUGCGCCGUGGUAUAUAUAUGAAGGGCGAAAUGUAACUGGAUGUGUAUUAAAUGCACAAAGCAUAGCGAUUUGUUCAUUAACAAAUAAUUUUGAUCGUGAUGGACAAUUUACAACUUGUUCAGAACCAAUUAAUGCUGCUUUAUGUAAUGGAAUGCAAUGUGGAGAUGGUCGAUGUAUUGCAACAAGUCGAAAUCUAACGUUUUGUCGAUGUCCAAGUGGUGUAACUGGUGCAAAUUGUGAUCAACUACUGCAAUGUAGUGAUAUUAAUUGUCUUAAUAAUGGUACAUGCGUUGCAUUAGCAACAGGAAACUAUCGAUGUAUAUGUGCACCUGGUUUUGGAGGAACUUAUUGUCAAUAUAAUAUAACUGGUUGUGUGUUUCCUUUUGUUGAUAAUCAAAAUCGAACACAAAAUACAUGUAUAACAACAACUGAUUAUAUGGGAGGAACAGUACCAUGGUGUAGAAAUGUUUUUGGUAUACCAAGAAGUUGUCAAAUUGAUUAUUGUGCACAACAUCCAUGCAUAUAUGGUCAAUGUGUUCCAUCACCUCAAUGGGCAUUUGGUAAUUCAUAUCCAUCAUUUAUAUGUAAUUGUACGAGUGGAUAUACAGGACGUUUAUGUACACAUGCAUAUUUUCGAUUAAAAGCUCUUUAUGCUGUUCCAAAUAUGACUACAGCACAAUUAAAUGCUUUAGAAUCUCCAACAACAGAUACAUAUCAAAAUCUAACAACUUUAUUUAGAAAUCUUAUUAGAAAUCGAACCAAUUCAACAUUUGAUUUCUUACCAUUAGUUUUUACAACUUUUCGAACUGAUGAAGGAAAUUUCUAUCAAGUUAGUGCUGAUCUGUCAUAUAAAGGAAAUAUUAGUCAAACUGAUAUAGCACGUAUCAUUCGACCAAUACUCGCAAAUCUUCCACCAGAAUUUCAUUCAAUAUUUGAUAAUGGAAGUUUAACAGAUAUUGAUGAUGUUCAACCACUGAGUCCUGCACCAAAUUGUACUUUACCAUAUGGUUAUAAUACUCAAUCAUUAGCUGUAUGUCAUAUGGAUAGUAAUGGUCUUGCUUAUUGUUCUUUUGGAUUAAAUUAUACAUUAACAGAUCGUAAAUUAUGUGAUGCAAGUGGUUUACCAACAGCACAAUAUACAGCAUGUGAAACAUUAAAUAUAUCAAAUCCAUGUAAUAGUACACCGAGUUUUCCAAUACGUUGUGUAGCUGCAGAUAAUGGUUGGACAUGUUUUUGUGAAGUAACACAAACAUUAGGAAGAGAUUGUGGAAGUUUCGAUUUUUGUCGAAAUGGUUCAUUACUUUGUCGAAAUAAUGCAACAUGUAUUAAUCGACCUGAUUUACAAGAUUUUGCUUGUAAUUGUACUGAUCCAUACUAUGGGCGUCUUUGUGAAAAUUUUGGUCGUGCUUAUAGGAUAUUUCUGCUGAAUUAUUCUAAUGAAACAUCUCCAGGUAUUCCAACACUUGUAGCAAUGAUUAAUCAAACAAUUAUUAAUAUGACAAAUGGAGGUGUUAUUGCUACUAGUAUUUCUAUUGGUCCAUCCGGUGAAGUUAAUAUAAUUGUAGCUGGUAAAAAUUAUUCAAUACCUGAUUUUGAACUACCAUUUACUGAUAAACUUAAAUCAAAUUUGACAAUUGGUCCAUAUAAUGUUGCUUUCAAUCAAACAAAUCUUAUUCCAAUAAAUACAAAUGCAACAUGUUCUUUUCCAUUUGCGUAUAAUGGUGCAAAUUAUACAACUUGUAUAACAACUGGGUAUGGGUUUCCUUGGUGUAGUGCAACACCAGUGUUUACUGGGCGACUUGUUGAUUGUCGAAAUAUUGAUUGGUGUGCAUCAGGUCCCUGUUUAAAUAAUGGAACAUGUUCCGUUAAUCAACAAUAUGGUACAUUUCAAUGUAAAUGUGUCGAUGGUUGGGUUGGUCUACAAUGUGCUUAUCCGUCAACAACAAUUACUAUUGUUAUUCCUUUGGGUAAUAAUACUUUUAAUGCUACAUUACUUAAUAUUACUAGUCAAUUACCAAACAACACAAAUAUUGAUAUUGUUAGACCUGGUCCGAAUAAUACAAUUAUUAUAGUAAUAACAGUUAAUGGUACUAAUUCACCAAAUAUAACAGGACCAACUAUAUUAAAUAUAACAAAAGAACCAACGAAAAAUGUUGAUGGUUGUGUAUUUCCAUUUAUAUAUAAAAAUGAAAGUUAUUCUUCAUGUAUACCUCUUGGUCUAAAUCAUUCAACAUUUUGCUGUCAAAAUUCAAAUUGUGAUACUAAUCCUCAAUGGAAAUUUUGUAAUAAUACAGACGUUUGUAAUAUUUGUGGACCUACUGCUGGUUGUACAUUAACUGGAAUUGGGAUUAUAACAUGUGUUUGUCCGCCUGGUGUAACGGGUGUUCUUUGUGAUAUAGCUCUUGAUUUAUGUGCAUUAAAUAAUCGUAGUUGUCUUAAUAAUGCGACCUGUAUUAGUAAUCCAGUACCCACUUGUAAUUGUAGUUCACCACUUUUUACUGGAGCUCGUUGUGAAACUUUUCUUCCAUGUUUAUCAUCACCAUGUCAACAUAAUGGUACAUGUUCAGGAUAUUCAAAUGCAACAAUUAGAUGUAAUUGUACAACUUGUUAUAGUGGACCUUUAUGUGACAUAAUUGAUUAUUGUUGUUUAAAUGUUUGUUCACCAAAUGGUGUAUGUUUACCAGGUUUGAGUAGUACAUACUUAUGUAUAUGUCAACCAAAUUAUGUUGGAACAAAUUGUACUACAUUUAAUCCAUGUGCACUUUUACCAUGUCAAAAUAAUGGAACUUGUGUUGUAACGAAUGGAACAAGUUAUCAAUGCUUAUGUCCACCAGGAUUAGGAGGUAUUAAUUGUCAAACAACGACAAAUCCUUGUGCAGUAACACCUUGCCGAAAUAAUGGACAGUGUAUUAACCUGGGUACUACGUUUUUUUGUCUUUGUACAUCUGGAUUUAAUGGAACACUCUGCGAAGUUCCAAUUAAUCCAUGUGGAAGCAAUCCUUGUUUUAAUAAUGGAUCAUGUUAUCAACAAUUAUUACAGGCGUCAGUUCCGGGAAUUAGUUCUCCUCUUGGAUACGUUUGUGUAUGUAAUCAAUCAUUAUAUUCUGGUGCACGUUGUGAAAUUCCAGUUUCGCCAUGUCCAACAAAUCCAAAUGUUCCUUCUCCCUGUCAUAAUGGCGGCACAUGUAUACCAAGUCCUAAUGGUCAAACAUAUAAUUGUUCUUGUCCAUAUCCAUAUUCUGGUCCAUUGUGUGAUCAAUUGAUUAAUCCAUGUUUAAUAAAUCCAUGUUUACCAAAUGGUCAAUGUUAUUUAAAUAUAGCUACAUCAAAUUUUACAUGUGUUUGUAAUAAUGCAACAUUUACAGGUCCAUUAUGUCAAACUUUAGUAAAUCCAUGUGUAUCAUCUCCUUGUUUAAGUGGUUCAACUUGUGUAGUAAAUGGAACAAGAUUUAAUUGUAUAUGUCCAGUUAAUCGUACAGGUAUUUUGUGUGAAAAUAUUUUACCACCAUGUACAAAUACAACUUGUUAUAAUAAUGGUACAUGUCUUUAUUCGAGUACAUCAGUAACAUGUUUAUGUCCACCAUUAUAUACUGGUCUACAAUGUCUUCAACGUAUUGAUUCAUGUACACCAUCACCAUGUUUACAUAAUGGUACAUGUCUUACUCAAACACUUACUACAUUUUUUUGUUUAUGUCCACCAACAUGGACAGGAGUUUUAUGUGAAACAUUAGUUAAUCCAUGUUUAACAUAUCCUUGUUUCUUUGGUGGUACUUGUUUAUUAGAUAGUUUAUUUCAACCAACAUGUGUAUGUCCUCCAACACAAACAGGUAUAUUUUGUCAAAUGACAGUUGAACCAUGUGUUAGUGGACCAUGUUAUAAUAAUGGUACAUGUCUUUCAAAUAGUUUAAGAACAAAUUAUACAUGUACAUGUCCUGUAUUAUAUACAGGUGCUCGAUGUGAAAAUUUAGUUAAUCCAUGUUUACCAAAUCGUUGUAUAUUUGGUACAUGUUUUACAUUAGCAAAUGGUACAUAUUAUUGUGCAUGUAUGCCUAAUUAUACAGGUCUUAUUUGUGAUCAUCCUAUUGAUCAAUGUUCAUUAUUACCAUGUAUUAAUAAUGGUACUUGUGUAAAUUUGGGUACAACUUAUAUGUGUAUAUGUCCAACUGGUAUGACAGGUCGGCAAUGUGAACAAACACCAAAUCCAUGUACAAGUAGUCCUUGUCGAACAGGCACAUGUUAUUCAACAGGAACUCGUUAUGUAUGUGCAUGUGACGCAGCACAUACAGGACCAUUAUGUGACACACCAUUAGAUGCAUGUCUUUCAUCUCCAUGUCUUAAUAAUCAAACAUGUUUACGUGAUGCAACAGGUUUAACUUAUACAUGUCUUUGUGCAUCACCUUAUACAGGUCCACGUUGUGGAACAACUCUUUUAACAUGUUCAACAAUAAAUUGUUUAAAUAGUGGUACAUGUAUACAAAUAUCAUUAACAACAACUCAAUGUUUAUGUCCAGUGGGUUUUUCAGGCACAUAUUGUGAAAUUAUUGUAAAUCCAUGUCAAUCAAGACCUUGUCUUAAUAAUGGAACAUGUUUAUCAACAGUUGGUAAUUCAUAUUUAUGUAUAUGUACACCAACUUAUUCAGGAACAUUUUGUGAACAAUAUAAUCCAUGUAUGAAUUUUGUAUGUUUAAAUGGUGGUACAUGUGUUAUUUCACCAACAGCUAUUGGUGGUCGUGGUUGUCUUUGUACACCGUCUUAUACUGGUACAGUAUGUGAUGUGCCUGUAAGUCCUUGUUUAAGUGCACCAUGUGUUAAUAAUGGUAUUUGUGUAAUAACACCUGGUACAAGUAAUUUUUCAUGUGUAUGUACACCAACAUUUACAGGCGUAUUCUGUGAAACAUAUAUUAAUCCAUGUUUAACAUAUCCAUGUGCAAAUGGUGGUACAUGUUAUCGUACUGCUGAUAGUAAACCAAUAUGUGCAUGUGCACCAAGUUAUACAGGAGCUCAGUGUUUUACUCGGAUUGAACCUUGUUUAUCAUCACCAUGCGUUAAUAAUGGUAUAUGUGUAUCAUCAUUAUCAUAUAAUUAUACAUGUAUUUGUCAAUCAAAUUAUACGGGAUCUCGUUGUGAGAAUUUUGUUGGUUCAUGUUCAACAACCAUAUGUUUAAAUGGUGGUACUUGUGUUUAUAAUGGUUUAAGUGCUAUUGCAUGUUUAUGUCCACCAGUAUGGACAGGUACAUUAUGUGCACAACGUGUAGAUUUAUGUACAACAACAAAUCCUUGUUUAAAUUCUGGUAUAUGUAUUUCAGUAUUUAAUAGUACAAAUCAAACAGUUAUUCGAUGUCAAUGUUUAUCUACAUUUACUGGUCAAUAUUGUGAAACACCUAUAUCUCCAUGUGUAACAUUACCCUGUGUCAAUGGUCAAUGUUUAUUACGUGCCGAUGGAAGUGCAGUAUGUUAUUGUAAUACGCAAUGGACAGGCGUAGCAUGUGAUGUAAUGAUAUCACCAUGUUCAUCUCAACCAUGUCUUAACAAUGGUAUUUGCUAUUCAACUGGUAUAACAUAUUCAUGUAUAUGUACACAAGGUUAUUCUGGUUUAAGAUGUGAAAUUAUUUCACCUAAUCUAUGUACAAUAAAUUGUGCUAAUAAUGGAACAUGUGCAAUACGUGCACAAGAUAGUGUACCAAUAUGUAUUUGUGCUGGAGGUUACACAGGUACUCGAUGUGAAAUACAAAUAUCACCUUGUAUACCAUCACCAUGUUUAAAUAAUGGUUUAUGUUUACCAUCAACAUAUACGAAUGGUACAUUAGGUUAUCAAUGUAUUUGUACAGCACCAUAUACUGGUCAAAUUUGUUCAACAUAUCUAUCAAUUAUAUGUGGAAAUACGAGUUGUUUAAAUGGUGGUACAUGUUUAAUGAAUGGUGAUAGAACAAUUUGUCAAUGUUCAAGUUUAUUUACAGGAACACGUUGUGAAUCUUUAAAUAAUGCAUGUGAUAGUCAUCCUUGUGUCAACGGUGGUACAUGUUAUAGUACAGGUGGUAUGGGUCGUAAAAAACGUCAAGCUACAGUACCACUUGGAUAUUUUUGUCAAUGUCCAACGACUUAUACAGGUGGUCGCUGUGAAACAUACCUGUCAUUAUGUGGAUCAAAUCCAUGUCGAAAUAAUGGUACAUGUUAUCAAGAUUCAACAGCAAAUCGAAUCUAUUGUAUGUGUUUACCAACUUUUACAGGAACAUUUUGUGAUACACCAACAAAUGGAACAAAUAUUUGUACAAGAAAUCCGUCCGUCUGUGUUAAUGGUGGAACAUGUCGAGUUAAUUCAUCUUUAGCACAAGGUUUUUCAUGUGCAUGUAUGCCAACCACAACAGGUCUUUAUUGUGAACAACCAUUAGAUCUAUGUUCUAUAUAUCCAACACCUUGUCUUAAUAAUGGAACUUGUAUUUCAUCAUUAUCGGGUUACAUGUGUUUAUGUUCAGUUGGUUUUACUGGUACAAAUUGUUCAAUGACAACAAAUCCUUGUAAUUCACAACCCUGUUUUCGUAAUGGAACAUGUCUUGCUAUUGGUACUCAAUCAUAUACAUGUAUUUGUCCAACCGGUUAUCUUGGUACUCGAUGUGAAAUAUGUAAUUGUCCAUGUACUAUCUAUCCAUGUCUUAAUGGAGGUGUAUGUCGAUCAACACCAACUGGAGGUGUAGUAUGUACUUGUCCAGCAGGUUUUACUGGUGUUCGAUGUGAAACUUCUAUACUUCCUUGUGAUUCGAAUCCAUGUUUGAAUAAUGGUGUAUGUAUUUAUGAUGCAUCAACAUUUAAAAUAACGUGUCUAUGUUGUGGUCUUGCAACGGGUACUUUUUGUGAAGUUCUUCUUAAUCCAUGUAAUAGUUCAAUACCAUAUUGUUUUAAUGGUGGUACUUGUUAUCUUGAUGCUACUACAAAACCAAUGUGUCAAUGUCCAAGUAGUUUUACAGGUCUCUAUUGUGAAACAUAUUCAAAUCCAUGUUCAACAGUAACUUGUAUUCAAGGCACUUGUGUUAUGUUAGCUAAUUCAACAUUUCUUUGUGUAUGUCCAUCAGGUCGUUCGGGUCGUUAUUGUGAAAUAGUUGAUGCAUGUUCCGUAACAGCUGGAACAGUUCCACCUUGUCGUAACGGUGGUACAUGUAUUCGUUUAACUGGUUCAGCAUAUAUGUGUACAUGUCCAGUUGGUUUUACUGGUGCUCUCUGUGAUAUAGCAAAUCCAUGUUCAAGUAUGCCAUGUGCAGCAAAUGCUACAUGUGCUACUUUAUUGAAUAGUAGUGCGAUUUGUUUAUGUCCAACUGGUACAACAGGUAGUCGUUGUAAUCAAACAAUAUUAACACCAUUUUGUUCAUCAUCACCUUGUCGUAAUAAUGGUACUUGUGUUGGAACAACAUGUUUAUGUCCUAAUAAUACAAGUGGUGCAACAUGUAAUGUAACAAAAACACCAUGUCCAACAACUACUCGACCAACACUUGCUUGUGCCAAUGGUGGUACAUGCGUUGUAGGUUAUGGAUGUUUUUGUACUGGAGGAUUUGGUGGUGAUGAUUGUGAAACACCAUUAAGUAAUGGUUGUACAAGUACAACAUGUUUAAAUGGUGGUACAUGUGUACAAUUAUUUAAUGGUACACUUGUAUGUAUAUGUGCAACGGGAUACACGGGUUCAAGAUGUGAAGCUGCUGCAUCAUUAUGUUCACCAAAUCCAUGUCAAUCGAAUGGUACUUGUAUUCCAAGUGGUACAACUGGUUAUAUGUGUAUAUGUCCAUCGAGUUUUACAGGACCACAAUGUAAUCUUGUUACGAAUGCAUGUCUUUAUACUCCUUGUUUAAAUAAUGGUACUUGUUUACCACUUCAAACUGGUGGAUAUACUUGUAUUUGUUUACCAAUCUAUACCGGUGCACAAUGUCAAACAAUUCUAAAUCCUUGUUUAUCAUCACCAUGUAAUACAGGUACAUGUGCAACUAUAAAUAAUGGUUUAGCUUAUACAUGUAUUUGUCCAUCACAAUUAACUGGUCCAAAUUGUCUUUCUGCUAAUCCAUGUAGUCUUCUUCCAUGUCUUAACGGUGGAACAUGUGUACCAUCAGGCCCUAGUACAUAUACAUGUGUAUGUGCAACAAAUUAUGUGGGUGCAAAUUGUCAAACAUAUAAUUUAUGUUUACCAAAUCCAUGUGUAAAUAAUGGAACUUGUACAAUGUUAACAACAACAACUGUAGGAUGUAUGUGUACACCAAUGUAUUAUGGUGCUCGAUGUGAAGCAUUAAAUCCAUGUCGAAAUAUGACAUGUGUUCAUGGUAUUUGUCAAAUAAAUCCAACUUUAUUAACAGCACAAUGUGCUUGUUAUGCUGGAUGGACAGGUGCUACUUGUAAUAUAUCUCUUGCUUGUGCAAGUAGUCCUUGUAUAUAUGGUACAUGUAUACAAUCCGAUACAACUGGUUAUACAUGUAUUUGUAUGACUGGUUAUUAUGGCGCACAAUGUCAAACACCAUUGGCAAGAACAUUAUGUGAAAGUAGUCCAUGCCGUAAUGGUGGUACAUGUCAAGUAACAACCACUGGAUAUAUGUGUACAUGCCCAGUUUCUUAUGUUGGUAUAAAUUGUGAAGUUAUCAAUCCAUGUAUAGCAAGUGGAUUAUCUGUAUCAUGUCAACCAAUGUUAAGUUCUUCAGGAAAUUAUACAUGUACAUGUGCAACAAAUCCCUGUGCAAGUAAUCCAUGUCAAUAUGGAACAUGUACUGUAAUCAAUGGUGGUCGUGCAUAUCUUUGUGUAUGUUAUCCAGGUUAUCUAGGUAUACAAUGUAAUUUACCAAAUCCAUGUGAUAUCACAACAUGUUCAAAUGGUGGUACUUGUAUAGCAACAAUAAAUGAAGCAAGUACACAAGUUACUCAAUCAUGUCAAUGUCCUGCUUCUCAAAAUUUUGUUGGAAAAUAUUGUGAACAUUAUAAUCCAUGUAUAUCAUCACCAUGUAUAAAUAAUGCAACAUGUUCCUAUUUUAUAAAUGUAACAUGUUAUUAUUAUUGUUCAUGUCAAAUUGGUUAUUCUGGUGAACGUUGUCAAUUUUCUUUAUAUCAAACUCGUUGUGAUGCAGCUCAUGUUACAAAUAAUUGUCGUAAUGGAGGUACUUGUGUUAUUAUUGGUACAAGUAUUCAAUGUAUGUGCGCAUCAUUAUAUACGGGUCCAUUAUGUGAAAAUCUAAUUGAUAUGUGUACGUUAAAAGUUUGUCAAAAUGGUGGGACAUGUACAAUUAUAAAUGGUACAAAUGUUUUAUGUCAAUGUCCAAUAGGAUAUCAAGGAAAAUAUUGUGAAUAUUCAACAGAUCCAUGUUCAUUAAAACCAUGUUUAAAUAACGGACAAUGUAUUGCAUCAGGAACAACAUUUACAUGUAAUUGUGGUCAAACAACAUAUACAGGUGCAAGAUGUCAAACAGCAAUGGUAUCACCAUGUUUAUCAAAUCCAUGUCUCAAUGGUGGUACAUGUAAUAUUGUUGGUACAUCAUAUGUUUGUUCAUGUCCAGCAGCUUUUACUGGUACAUUAUGUGCACAAUCAUUAAGUUUAUGUUCAACAAUUCAAUGUAUUAAUGGUGGCACUUGUUCAAGUUAUGGUUCAUUUGCUAUAUGUAAUUGCCCAAUAAAUUUUAGUGGUGAACGUUGUCAAUAUAUAAAUCAAUGUUAUCCAGUUUCUCCAUGUUUAAAUGGUGGAACUUGUAUAUCUCUAAUGAAUAGUUAUUCAUGUCAAUGUCCUACUGGUCGAACAGGGACAACAUGUCAAUCAUUAUUUGAUGAUCCAUGUGCAGGUCGUCAGAGAUGUUUAAAUGGUGGUACAUGUACCACAUUACACGGUACAACCGAUGCUACAUGUUUAUGUUCAAUCAAUUUUACUGGUGAAUUAUGUCAAAACGCUAUAUCGUCUAUGCAAAGUACGACAACAUUAUCAUCAUCAAUUGUAACAAUUAUUUCACAAAAAUCAUCAAUAAUUAUUGGAACAACAUCAUUGAUUUAUAUUAAUUCAACAAUUGCACCAUAUAUUUGUGAUGAUAGUCUAACAAUUCCUUGUCCUGCUUAUAAAGAUUAUUGUGGUCCUGAAUAUGAAUUUUCUGGUGUUCCAUGUCGAGUACAUUGUCCAAGAACUUGUAAUACUUGUUGUGAAGAUUUUUAUAAAGAUGGUACAUGUUCAUUAGAGAACUGUCGACGUACUCCAGAUCUUGAACGUUAUUGUCGUAAAACAUGUAUUUGCAAAAUAUGA